AUGAAUCUUCAAAUGAUCGUCUCUUCAGUAGCUCCGCCGCCAGCUGUCGGCUCCGGAAUUUGUUUCCGGCGGCCCAGUGCGUCGCUUAAAACGAGGGUUAGUGACGCCCACCUCAUUUCAGCUUCCACAAAGCUCUCUUCUCCGUCUUCCACCUUUUUCCCCGUCCGAAAGGAUGUCAUUGGCAGCUUCAAAGCUUUUGAGAUCAAACUUGGUGAUAGAGUUUCUGUGUCCACAAAGGCGGAAAAUUACCUUGAACCUGAACCUGGGAAACAAGAUUUUAUGAGCACAGAUGCUUUGACAUUAAAAUUUGAGGAUGCUAUUUUCUUAGAACCAGCAUCAUCUCCUACUGCAAAGAAAUCGAAGAAGGAAGGUCCUGAGUCAUCUUCUGCUGCAAAGAAUUCGAAAAGGAAAAGAAUCCCAAGCGACUUAGCACUAGUGCUGCUUUGAUAAAAAGCGCUGACCAUUUCCAAAUCUUCAGAUAUCCUCUUGUAACAGAGUCUGCAAUAAAGGCAAUGUUGGAAUGUAACACUUUGGUUUUGUCGUCGACAAACGUGCUGAUAAAAAGAAUAUCAAAGAGGCUGCUAUAAGUAUGUUUAAGAUAAGGGUCAAGAAAGUGAAUACUUCGAUCACGCCUGAUGGAACCAAGAAGGCUUAUAUCAUGCUCCCACCGGAUU